GAAUAGUAGACGUAACAGAAUUAGCGCGUAAGAGUCGAAGAGAAUGGCGCAUGUUCAGCGUAUCAGAGCAGGUAUAUACAACAGUAGUACCCGGUCAGAAGGGUAAAGAUAGUAAGGGAAAGGCGGGAGCCGGAGACGCUGGCGGUAUUUUUGCUAACGGGGCGAGCGCCUGAGAGUCUGCCGGAGCUUCAGUUUGUGUGACGGGCGCACGGCGAAACGCGGACGGCGAUUUCGCACUCCAUUUCCAUCGUCGAGUAGUGAAAUCAAUGUAGGAUCUUAACGCCACACAAAACUGAUUUUCAGUGAGGUUCCGGGGCCGGUUAGUUUUCUCUACAUGCGUGUGCUGCAACACUUCCGUUUUUAUUACCGCCGACGACGGAACUGCAACAGCAGUCCGGAUAACUAUGACACGGUUGUUUACCACCUUCAAUAAUAAUAUCGUAACUGCCGUCUUCUACUUGGCUGUGUUCACUGCAAAAACAACUUAUGCAUGGACAUCAGAUGAAAAUUAUGGAAGGUAUGUCGGUCGGUUGACUGGUGUUGCUCACGGCGUUCGUGGUAACGUGUACGCUGUUGAUGAAAACACACUGUACGUCCGAAGUUUCCACUAUGAUGGUAUUGGUCCAACGGCGUAUUUUUGGGCUGGUAAAACAUCAAGACCAUCUCCGGACGGAUUUAUUAUUCCAUAUCCAGAAGACUAUCCGGCAGUGGAACCACCACCAUUACAGACUCACAACAACUCUAAUAUAAUUUUGCGAUUACCACCAAAUAAACGUAUCAAAGACAUAAAAUGGCUUUCUGUGUGGUGUAGAAGAUUCACGGUAAACUUUGGUGAAGUUUAUAUACCAAGUACGUUAGACCCACCUAAAAUUCGAGUUUUACCGGAAUUCAAGCGAUUUGCACAUAGUCUACGAUCAGGCAACAUAACUAUUUUAGAUGCUCGAACCUUCUAUAUACCGAAUUUACAUUAUGAUGGGUUAGGACCGGACGCUUAUUUUUUUGUUGGUAACGGUUCAGAACCUUCACCAUACGGAAUCAAAGUUCCAAAUGAAAUUGGAAGCCUAGAGCCAUUAAAAGCAUACCAGGGACAAGACAUAGAAAUCCAAUUACCUGGAAGCUUAACAGUCCAUGCCAUCGACUGGUUAGCCGUAUGGUGUGUACAGUAUACACAUAAUUUUGGUCAUGUAAAUAUACCAGACGAUUUGGAUGUACCACCAGCUCUGGGCCAGACCAAGCUUACUCCAUCAUGGUGGUAUAACCCGACAAGUAGUACUACAUCAGAUCCAGAAAGCCACUGGGAAAUGAAUAAUUGUCGAGAAUUACUACCGGGUCGACUACAAGUACAAUGGGAAAUUCAAGGUGAUUGGAUACAAGUUCAACUUACGGCUAGAAUUCACGAAGAUCAGUUCAUAGCAUUUGGUUUAAGCGGAGACCCUAACAGCAAUUCAAUGAUAGGAAGUGACGUGGUGAUAGUAUAUUACGAUAAGUCCAAGAAUUCUUUUCAUGCCGAAGACUAUUACAUUACGUCAAUGGUGGAAUGUGAUGGCAACAACGGCUUAUGUCCUGAUGAACGGUUGGGGGGUAGAAAUGAUGCAGUUCUUAUAACAGGAACAAGGAGAAACGAUGUAACGUGCAUUGUAUAUCGCCGACCGCUUCAGACUAAUGAAGCUAUCAAUGAUCAAUCAGUACCAUUAGAUUCAGCUUCCUUAGUAAUCGCAGCCAUAGGAUCUUUGGGAAAAUCAGGUCAACCUAGUGCUCGAUUUUUAAAAGAUACUACUUCAGACGUAAUACGAAUAGACUUCAACUCAAAAGAUGAUCACAGCUGUUUAACAUCUUUGUUCAAUAAUGUAGAUGACGAACUGUCAUUGUCACCGUGGGCUCCUAAUGUAAUAAUUGGCGAAAACAAGUUUACUGCGAGACUAGGGCCUUCAGGUGGAGUUCGUGGCUACAUGGGAAUAACAGGUAUACCCACGGGGGAAGUGGUGUGGUAUAUAAAUGACAAGUUAAUACCAGAAAUUUACGUAGAAAGAAAGCAGACAUAUACGUUUUACAUAGAAGGAGGAGAUAAUCCAAAUAAAGUCGGUCAUUAUCAUCCGUUUUAUAUUACGGAUAGUCACGAGGGUGGAUUUGGUCAAAAAGACGAUUUGGAGCAAAAAAAGCAAAGAGUGUUCGCUGGAAUUAACUACGAUUCUGAAGGAUAUCCGUUAGCAUCUGCAGCUGGUCGAUAUUGUGAAUGGAAAUUUAAGUCGUAUGAUCGUUCAUCUGAAAUGGAAACGUUCAAUGCUUUUUUUGAUUCGCUCAAGCUUUCUUGCGAAGAUGGAAGUGCAGCUGAGUUAAACUGGACAGUUGCUCAAGAGACGCCCGAUAUUGUAUACUAUCAAAGCUACUCUCAAUCUAAUAUUGGUUGGAAGAUACAUGUAGUUGAUGCAGGUCAUAAAUGGAAAGACGAAAAAGAUGAUGCCAUUAAAUUAAAUACCAUAAUAACCAAUAAUAUACCUCUAACAUGCAUAUUUGUUUUGGUUCAGAUAUUCAUGCUUAAUUUACUGUGAUAAAUCAUACGAAAUAAUUUUUUUACUGAUUCAGGCAUCACUUUUUUAAUCAUAAUUCAUAAUAUUUAAUUGCAGUAUAAUACUAAAUACAUUUUUAAAGAUUUUCUUAAUUUUACAAAAAUUCUUCUAUUUUUAUGAGAUUUUUUUCUCGGGCAUUUUCGUUAUCAUCAAUACUUUAAGUCCUGCUAAUAUCAAAAUAUUUAAAUCAAUUUCAUUAUAUUAUGAUUAGUAUUUACAAAAAUGUUUCAAUUGAUAUUUUGGUCUAUUAGUCUUCAUGUGUUGGUUAAUUGAUUCGAGUUAUACAUAUCAGUAAAACAAAUUUAACAAAGAUAUCUUUAAACUAAACUACAGCUAAGCAAGCAGUUUAAUUAUCUUAAAAAUGGAUUCAAUAAAUUUAAUGCAAAAAAAAAAAAUUGCACCAACCAUUUAUUCAAAUAUAAUUAUACAUUAGUUUCGUAAACGCUGUUUUCCAUCAUAUACUAUUUGUAAAGCCAACUUUUAAAAUUUUACUCGAAUCAUAUCACCAAUAAAAAGUUCUAUAUCCAACAUAAGAAUAUCAAAAAAAAAAGAAAACAUAUCAUUGUAAAAAUAAUUAAGAUAUAGAUGUAUGUGAAUAGUAAAUUAAGUUUUAUGAAUAUUUGUUCAAAAAUAAAAAAAAAUAUGCAUGUUUUGUGUUAAAUUAUAAUAUAGUUCUUAAGUCAUUGAACAAAUGAGUCUGUUUUUACGAUGCAUUUAUAGUGUUGCAUUUAUAAUACUAAAUCAAUAUAUUGUUCCGCUUUAAUAUGAAAUAUAAUAAAUGGUCAACAUUUAUUAAAACUUAAUAUAUAUUUAAAAGUUUUCAAGAACUUAAAAGGCACGCGAAUAACAAUAAAUAUCAAUAGUUGCUUUAAUUUAAUGAUAUUAAAUUGAUAAUCUUAGAUUUUUAUACAAACAUCAUUAAAUUUGUUCGAAAUUUACUGUGAGUUCUAACUGCUUGUUCAAUUAAAAAGAAUCUACAAGUUAUACAUGAGUAGAUUUCAUUUAUUGUUGAACAACAAUGUAUUUAUUUCAGAAGUUACUUAACAAACCAAGAUCAAAAUGAUUUAACUUUAAAAUUUUCUUUACUAUAAUUAAAAAAUAUAUUUGCUAACACAAAGUUAGAAAAAAAUUUACUGGAAUAAUGGAAAGUUUAAGUUUGUUGACUGAUUAAGACAAAAUAAUUGUGCUCAAUUCAUAAAAAGUUUAAUAAGGGAAUAUCUUUUUUAAAUUGAUUGAAAAAUUAACCGAAUGUUGAUAAUACAAUGACAAUAAUAUUAUCUAGUUUUAAUAACUUAUUUUUAAGACUUUUAGGGAUAAAUAACUAUUGACAAUAAAAUAAUGAUGUUCUUCAUCACAAUGAUAAUCA